AAGGAGAGAGAGAGAGAGAGAGAGAGAGAGAGAGAGAGAGAGAGAGAGAGAGAGAGAGAGAGAGAGAGAGAGUGUCACUAAGUGACACAGAAGCAAGGGUUCUUUUUUCCGGCUCCUUUUAGGUCUUUAGAUUGUUUAUGAGUAGAGGAAUAUCUUCCUUAGGCUGGCAGUUGGACAGCAGCAGCGAUCCGGACAGCUGCAAACCAGAGUGGACAGCGAAAGACAGAAAUUCCAGCUAUAGCCCGGGUAUAUCUGACUUACUUGGAAUUGCCUCUCCGCUAACUCCUGUUUGUUGCUGAUGGUCAAGGAGUCUGCCAGACUAACCAAGUACACCGGCUGUGUGGCUUGCUGAAGAUGUUUGAACCGUUGACUUCGUGUAAGAGGGGAGAACUCCCGGCUUAAGCUGCCUUAUCUUUCCAUCGCCCCAAAUCUUUAGAAGUGAGAGGACAAAAACCAGGGAGGGGGAAGCUCGUGCCUCACACCCCUGCCCAGCUAACCACCUCCACGGAAUGGAUGGACUCACCCACAGCAACCCCCUGCCCCAUGGUCAUGCUGACCUUAGCAACCAGAGCAACAACACUACCUCCAGUGACUCGCCUUACGAUCGGGGCAAUAAUACUGAUUUCUCAGACGUGACCUUCGGCUACCAGGUAGUCACCUCGGUGCUGCUCGGCUCCCUGAUCCUCUGCGCUGUGAUCGGCAAUGCCUGCGUAGUGGCCGCAAUUGUCCUGGAGCGCUCCCUGCAGAACGUGGCUAACUAUCUCAUCGGCUCUUUGGCAGUCACCGACCUUAUGGUUUCCGUGUUAGUUUUGCCUAUGGCUGCUCUUUACCAGGUCCUCAACAAGUGGACCCUAGGCCAGGUGACCUGCGACAUCUUUAUCUCUCUGGAUGUCCUCUGCUGCACGUCAUCCAUCCUGCACCUGUGUGCCAUUGCCCUGGACAGGUACUGGGCUAUCACUGAUCCCAUUGACUAUGUAAAUAAGAGGACCCCCCGGAGAGCCGCUGUCCUUAUCAGCCUCACUUGGCUUAUAGGCUUUCUGAUCUCUAUUCCACCAAUGCUGGGCUGGCGGACCCCGGAAGACCGUUCUAAUCCCGACGCCUGCACCAUCAGCAAAGACCACGGCUAUACUAUUUACUCCACAUUUGGCGCCUUCUACAUUCCCUUGCUACUGAUGCUAGUGUUGUACGGGAGGAUCUUCAAAGCAGCCCGGUUCCGAAUCCGCAAGACAGUCAAGAAGGCAGAGAAGUCCGCGGACAGUUGCUUCAGCACUUCUCCAGCUCCCCCGCCCAAAAAGAGCAUCAAUGGGGAGCCCAGGGGCAAGAACUGGAGGCGCGGGGCGGAGCCCAAGAUAGUAGGGGCUCCCUGCGUCAAUGGGGCUGUGAGGCAGGGUGAGGAUCGCGCUGCCCUAGAGGUAAUUGAGAUCCAUCACUACAGCAACUCCAAGGACCACCUAACUCUCCCCAGUGACGCUGGUGGAGUCCCCAGCACCACUUCCUUCGAGAAGAAGAACGAAAGGAAUAUAGAAGCCAAGAGAAAGAUGGCCUUGGCCCGAGAGAGAAAGACGGUCAAGACGUUGGGCAUCAUAAUGGGUACCUUUAUCCUCUGUUGGCUGCCAUUCUUCAUCGUGGCCCUGGUCCUGCCCUUCUGCGAAAGCAGCUGCCACAUGCCCGACUCACUGGGUGCGAUCAUCAACUGGUUAGGCUAUUCCAACUCUCUGCUCAACCCUGUCAUCUAUGCCUACUUUAACAAAGAUUUCCAAAGUGCUUUCAAGAAGAUUGUUAGGUGCAAAUUCUGCCGGCAGUGAUACAUUGCUGGAUGGCUGCAGGUUGCACAACCCAAUCCCUCCCCAACCUCAUUCUCACCCUCACCCUCACUUCAUCUCACUUCCUGAUAAGCUACUCACCUCUAAAUUUAGCUUGCCUCUUUUCUCCUAGACCUCCAUAUCGCCACUGCCUCUGCCUUUGGGGUUUCAGGCCUCUUUAGCCAAUGCAGCCCAAUACUAAUGGGGAAGAGGGAUUAUUUGUACCUAAUAGAGCUGCAAUGGGGCUGUGGGUAGUUCGAGGCUGGGGAUGAGUGUUCUUCAGCAAUGGAGUUAUUUGGGAAACAGAGUUGGUUAAGCCUUUCUCCCUUCCCCAGAAUUGAGGUUCCCCAACCCGGAGGAGGCUCCAAGUUCUUGCUCAGUCUCCUUCCUUCCAGGACAGAAAUGAAAACAAAACAGAACCACAAUCGCAGCUCUCCACAGCAGGGUUGUUGUACCGGUUUCUGAGUUAAAGAAAUUCAAGUUGCUGGAUACCUCCUCUGGUUAUCCCGUUCACACCUUGCCUGCACCAACCCUCAGCAUUUUCACUCAUUCGGAUUGUCUUGUCCCUUUUCCUCCCCUCCCCCUCCCUUUCUUCUCCAGGUGUACUAAGACCAGAAAGGCAGCAAGGUUUGCCAAGAACUUUGUUAGUUGUGAACACCUAAUCUCCAUCGUUUCCUUAAGUGGGGGAAAAAAAAGCAGCCUAUGCAUAACCCGCUUGUUUUGUUUUCCCUGCUCACCUCUUCCAACCCGGGGGAGGGUGGAAAGAAGGCAGCAGAAAGUUAAUCGUGAAAGUGUGAAAGUAAAGCUGUAAGUACCGGAGGCCUCGCUUGGAAGGGGCUGGAGAGCUGUGGGGGUCCUGGGUGAGUUUGCAGCGGGCGAGGGAUAUGGAGCAGCCUCAAAGAGGGAACUUCCGGUGGACAAAAAGUCAUUUAUUGGAAUCUUUUAAUAAUUUGCUUCUCAACUUAUUUAUAUUGGGAAGCAGCCGCUAUUAUACCAGAAAUCACUGAUUACUAGAAAUCAAUACAGCACUCUGUAGAUAAUAACAUCCUAGUCCUGACCUCUGCUAGGGGCCAAGGAGACUUGAUUUCUCAGAGUCCUAAGAUAGAGUCAAAUCGCCACUUCCGCUCCUAUAUGUCUCCCUCCACGGAUGCAUGGGGACAUGCAUGCUUUUAUUAGAGAGCAGGAAAAACUUUUAGCUCUUUCCAAGGACCAUCGCACUAAGUUUAUCUCUUUCCGUUUGAAAGUCCUAGCCUGUAAUUCCGGUUUUUAAAUGAAGGAAAUCAGGGAGAGUCAGUAGCCCAGGCUGCUGGGGAGGGAGUAGUGUAUUCAUUGCUUCAUGCUCCCCUGUUGACUAAGAAUAAGCAGAGGGAGGUCUAUGGGGCUUGAACACGCUAGUGAUUGUUAACUGGUGGUUGUUAUACUGAAGAACUCAAAGAACAGCCAAGCCUGAACGUUCUGAAGGGGUCUCUUCGUCUGGCUUUUCUGGACGACUCACCAGACUUGUUCUUCAGCCCUCAUGAAAACAGAAAUCGACUCCGAAAGUGAUAUCGUUUGUCUUUCUUUCUGUGGUGGAAAUCUCUGGGUUUCAGAUCUGAGGAUAAUGGAGCUCUAUCUUGUAAAUUGGUACGGAAAGGCAUUUGUUUGUGGCCUCAGAGUGGGACUCCUUAAAUCUCUUAGGGGCUGAAAAGUUUCCACCGCAUUGUGCCUCCGAAUUUUGUUCUGUACUGGGUAGGCUACCAAAUCCGGGGUGGGCCCCAGGUGUAACAGGAUUGCACGUUUUGCACGAAUGUGGUUGUUGAAUUAGUGGAAAUCUUUGGACAACAGAGCUUCAAUUCCCAAAAGCAAUUAUUCUUCCAUCUGUGUCAACCCCUAUCCCUGUUGAGAAGCCUACUGUAAUCUCUGCUGCCCAGUCCAAGGGAAUGUUACCUUGUGCUCCACACAGGGGGAUGUAUAUUUUCAAUAAUUUGACAAUGGAUAGCUGACUAAUAAUGCUAGACAAUGUAAUACGUUCACAUCCAGCCUCGCAAUUUUCUGAUGACUAGCUAUUUAAAUUACUGGCAGAAAAUUAUUGAUCUCUAUUGUGUUUCCUUCCUUUCCCUUCCACCUACGGUUUCCUUUUUUCUCAGUUGAGUUUCUUUCUUUGGAUGUUUGAGCAUAUUGUUUGGAGAACAGUGUUGUAUUUCUGAAGUUGAAGAAGUUGUCAAUGAAAGUGCACUUGUCUAAGUUUUGGAGGUGACAAAGCAGAACCUAAUACUUCAAGUUAUUUGAUAAACUCACAAAGCUAGCCUGCUGUUUAACCUAUAAAAUAAAUGGACAUGACCUCAUGUGAAAGAAAAAGAGUCUGAGUGUAUAACUGAGAGAGACUGAGGUUUCACUCCCUAGGACAUUAUGAAUUAUUUGAAUAGGAUUCCGUAGCAUUGAGGUAGGGGUAGCCUCACAGGGGAGGAGAACAGAAACUUCCGGUCUAAUUUUUAUUAAUUUGGGAGGUUUAAUUUCAGUUUUUAUUCACAAAGAAUGAAAUAUAAUUAAAUGGGAAAAUGACCUCAACAACUAUGUCCCUGUUUGAUUGCUGUUGGUUUCCAUAAAUUUAUAGUAGAAAUGUCUUCAAAUCAAUCAUAAGUUCAUGUGAGGACUGGAAGGGACCUUGGAGAUCACUUAGUUUAAGUAUCUCAUUUUAAAGAUAUGGAAACUGAACCUAAUGGAUUUUCAGUGACUUACCAAGGUCAGAAGGCUAGCUAUGGCAGAACAAGGCCUGGAACCUGGGUAAUUUGUCUCCAAGUUCCAAUAUUUAAAUCAUUCAAAAUAAAAUCUAUUUUGUACAAGAAAUUAAGCCUGUGCUAGCAUUUCUCUCACAUAUAUUGAAGUUUAGUUCCUAUAGCUGACUACUAGAAUUGGAAGAGUGACUUUACAUUUGGAAACCUUUGCUCCCCCUUCUUAGCAUUCAUUAGAAAGGUACAAAUAAAGCCCAAGUGUGAGAGACUGGGCAAAUUCAAUAGUACCUGGUUGCUAAAGGCAUAGUUGGUUGAACAGAAAAGUCAUAUUUGUAUUGAGAAAAAUGAAAGGAUUUUAACUCUCAAGAGCACUGGAAUUUUUUAAAGUUGAUUGUAUUCAGGUAAAGUAUUUCUACAUUAAACUUGGCCUUCAGUGUUCAUAUGAAACAAUAAUGAAAUAAAUAAAAAUUAAAAAGUGAUAAUUAAAGAUUCAUUAAUGGUGAUGCUAUAAUAAAACGAUAUCAGAUGCAUAUAGCAUUUCCCCCAAUUCUCUGUCUCUGCAUAUCUUUGGAAAAUUCACCCAAUGCUGGUCAAAAGGGCAGUUACUAGGACAAUGUACAUGGCUACACAGAGGAAAAGCACAUAGCUACAUAGAGAGAGAGAAGCUGCCUCAAUUUACCACUAUUGUUGUGCUUCUCAGUGCCCUUAUCUCCCUAUUCAGCAGGUGAGAUUUUUCUAGAAAUCCAGUUUUUAGAAGAUGUACUACUUCCCUUGACACAUUCAGCUAAUCUUAAGUAACUAAUCAGAAAAUGUAAGGAGAGAGGGAUAAAAUACAAUAAACAAUAAACAGUAAAGUAGGCACAACAAGGCCCUUUUGAACUUUUAGCCAGUAAGUAUGCUUAUCUCCAUUUUCCCUUAUGAUUUUCAUAUAAAAGAUCAGGGUCUCAAUUAGGCUACUUUAUCUUUUUCACAAAUGUCAUUUAAUUAAAUUCUGAAGGCUGCUGUGAUCUAUCAAUAUGUCAGAAUCCUGGGUCAACAUAACUUAAUUAUUAUGAAUCUCUUAAUAUGAAUCUCUGAAGAAUCAAAUUCAUAGAACUUCCUAAAAAGCAUGUAUUUGAUUCUCAUUUGAUUACCCAGAAGUCUGAAACCUUCCUUUUUAAGCCAUAUCCACAACAGGUAUAAUUAAAUAAAUUUAAGUUUAAUUUAAAAAUUAUCUUUAUAACUUAAAAUUAAGAGGAAAUAAAGCCCCAUCAUACCUGAAAGGCAUAUGAAUUAUUGGCCAUACAAAAUGAUUGUCAUCACCCUUAGUAGUAUAAUAAGUGUGUGUGUGUGCAUAUAUGACUAUAUGUUUUCUUAACCUAACUUUUAAAGGGAAAAGUGUCAUGUUGGAGGAAACGAGGGACAAAGAAUCUUAUAGAGCUCCUGGGUUGAGAAAUAUCAUAUCAAUAUAGAAUGAAUAUAUGUCAGAUGGAGAUGAAUGAGUCUGAAGUGGCCCCUGUUUUUCUUCUGAGUCCUUUCCCUGUGCCUAGUACAUUCAUUCAUAUGACUGCCAGUGUUAAUACUAUUCCUUAACACCACCAACACAGAGGAAGAUAACAUUCUAUGUAGUAUAUGUUCAGUAUAAAAUGAAAGGGACAGAUACAGCAAGUGCUCUAGGCACACAGAGGUCAGUAAAAUCACUGUCCUCUUUGUCAGGGAAAGUUUCACAGUAAUAGAGUUGGUUUAAACUGGUUCUUGAAAAGUGUUUUGGAUUCAAAAGUUUAUCCAUGAAUAAAGUGGUGGCAUAAAUAAAGUAAUGGGGGCAGUUAUGUGGCAGGACUGACUAGCGAAUACAAUAUAAAGCAGUCAAAAUGUAGUGUAAGAUUAGUAACUCAGAGUAAUAAGAGAUAAAGUUGAUUUAGAUUGUGGAAGUUCUUGGAUUAAAUAGUUGAGGAGGUUAGAUUUUAUUUUAAAGGCAAAUAGGAGCCACUGAAGCUUUGAGCAGUAGAGUGACAUAAUUUAACAAUUUAAAAUUGAAAGAGAAUUUAGGUGAGGAACUUAAAAAUUGAUUUAUCAUGUGUGACAAAGUAAAAGGAGAAGUCAAAAUUUAAUAUGAAUGUUUGAAUCUGGGUGAUUUAGUAGGAAAUUUUUGCUACAGGAUAAAAAGAAGAGAAAUUGGACUUAUCUCUCCAAGGAUAUUAACAUCUUAAACUCUAUCUAUAAAAUAUAAAUAAUAAUAAUUACAUAACAUUUUAAGAUUUGCAAAGCAUUUUACAUAGAUUAGCUAAUAUCCUCAAACAAUCAUUCGAGGUAGGUGCACAAAGACUUCCAGAACAAUGUAUGUGAUAGCUAUUAUUAUUAUUUUCCUUUUACAAACAAGGAAAUGGAGUCUAAUAAAUAUCUGAUGCAGAAUUUGAAAUCAUAUCUUCCUGGUCCAGCACUUUAUAAAGUAGGUAGAUUGAGUAUUUCAGAGUAAGGAGUUAUGUUAGUAGUAACCAUAAAAACACAACAUUGUCUACAUAGAGUGAUAAUUCUGUAAAAAGGUAUACUAAUAAGAAAACAUUUGAGAUUUUUCAUUGGCAAAAUUUUGACUUUAUUUUUAACAUUGUUGUAUUGUCUCCUUUUCUUCUUAUAUCAUAUUUAUUUUUUUGAUAUAUCUCUCUUUCUCUUCUGUGUUCAGUAUGUUUCUCUUUGUAAUAAUUUCUUCUCUAUAAUAACAUUUUAAAAGAAAGUGAAAAAAUAAAGCAGUCCAGCAAGAUAAACUAACAAAUAAUUGACAGGUGGAGAUAUAUGCAGUAUUCCACAUCCAUAUUUUGCCUCUGCAAAGAAAGUGAUGCGGUCCAUCUGCUUAACUUUUUUCUGAGGCCAAACUUGGCCAUUAUAAUUAUGCAAUCGGCCAUUAUAAUUAUGCAAUCUUCAGUUUCAUUUUAUUGUUUUUUAUAUUGUUGUAAUCAUUGUAUGUAUUACUUUUCUGAUUCUACUUACUUUACUCUAUAUAUCAAUUCAUAUGUCUUCCCAAGUUUCCCUGAAUAAGUCAUCUUCAUCUUUUCUAAUAGUGUAGCAAUAUUCCAUUAUAUUCAUGUAUUCCUAUUUGUUUAGCUAUUCUCCAAAUGAUGGGUAUGGAUUUCAUAUAUUUUUUGCUACCAUAAAACUGCUGCUAUAAAUAUUUUAGUAUAUAUGAUAUCUUUUUCUUUUUUAUUUCCUUUGGGUAUAUGAGUAAUAAUAUGAUCUCUCAGUCAAAGGGUAUGGAUAUUUUCAUCACUUUUGAAAGGAACAUAUGUCCAGAUGCUUUCUAGAAGAGUUGAAACAAUGCACAGUUGCACCAGUAGCAUAUUAUAGUGCCCUAGUCUUCCCACAGCAACUCUAACAUUGACUAUUAUGAAUAUUUUUGACUUUUUCCCAUUUGCCAUGUAUGAGUUAAAAUAGCAGGACUUUUAACUCAUCUUUCUCUUCCUUUUAGCAUUUUGGAACAAUCUUUCAUAUGGUUGCUAAUGGUUUCCAUUUCUUUUUUUGAGCACUAUUUGUUAAUAUCUUUUGACUUCUCAAAUGGGAAAUGAUUCUUGGUCUUACACAGGGUAUUUUCAAAGUCUUUGUGGAGUAUUAAACUUGAAUAACCUAAAGCUUUAAAACCUUAAUAGCAUCAAUAGAUAGAGCUUUGAUAGCAUAAAACUGAAUAAAGCCUUUUGGUAUUUUGUAUAUUUAUUUUAUAUCCCUAUAUGUCAUAGAUAUCAGAUGUUCAUCAGAGAUAGUUUAUGCAAUGAUGUCUCCCUGCCCCAAUCAGCAGUUUCCUUUUUUGUCCUAAAUGUACUGGAUUUGUUCAUUUAAAUUCUUAGAAACGUUUUUGACUUUUCAAUUACUUUCAGAGUCAUAGAUGUGGAAUGAUAUGAAACAAAUAUUUGAUCUAUGAAGCUACUGGGUAACAUAUGCUUUGGAACAGUAAUCCAAUGGCUUAGUUGUGCUCCAGCAUGUACAGAAAUGCAUACAUAAAUACACAUGUAUACUCAUACAUGCAUAUACAUGGAAUGUUAAAUAAAUAUUCAUUCAAAUGAUUAUUUCAAUAAAUCUCCACAAAAUAAUUUAAUGUAUAUUUCAUGUAUAAUGAACUAUCUUUCUCCUGUACUAAAGAGUCUUCCUCAAUAUUAUGGUAUAUGCCACGAUGGAUAACAUAACUAACAGAGUAAAUGAAAAGAAUAAACCUAAGGUUUAGUCUCUUGGA